GAAAAUGAAAUAUAAAGAAUGUGUAACCAUAAUUUGUUAAGCGCAACAUUGAUUUCAUUCAGCGAUAGAACUUUUAAGUUUUUUGGUAUGCAUAAUUGGACUAAAUAGAAACAAUGGUAGAGAAAGGUAGUAAAGGUGACGAAUCACGGCUGCGUAUUGAUCCUGUCCUUGUUGAUAAAUUCCGGCGACUUCAGGGCGGCAUCAAUGAGGUCGGAACGAAAAUAGUCCGUGAUUUCGGUCUGAGAUAUCAGUAUGACAAAAACAGAGGAACACUUGAACUUAUCGGUCCGGAUACAGAAAUAUUAGGGCUGGCUGUGGAGACUUUGAGAUUCUGGGUCGAAGACGACGAGUUUCCUGACACUGGUAUAACGUGUCAAGUCGGUUACCCAAAUAGAAAUAAUGUUAUAUGGCGUUUCCAUGGCGACUAUGCGAAGAAAUUUGAUCAUCUGUUUGCUGAAGACAUAGCUAAGCUGAAGUUAGUUACAUCCUUCAAUAUCAAGGCAGUUCCAACAAAGCGAAAUCCGGAAUAUGUUGAACUCUACUGUCAUUUCUCGGUUUACCACCAGGUGAAAAGUGAGGUAAAGAGAAUUACAAAAGAGAUCAGUAGAAUUUUUCAAGAUGAUUUUUUCAUUCCGAAACCAGACUUCCUGAAGGCAAGAGAUUUUGCAAAGUCUAAGAUAAAUGAUGAUAAGGUUCUAUACGCCCUUAAGGAAUAUCCGGAUAAUAAAGUUCGGGUAUGGCUGUUUGCUAGAGACCAGAUGGAUGUCAUUCGGGCAAAGAAAGAGUGGGUACUUCAUGUUGGGAUCAUUGCCAGAGAAAAUGAAUUCACUGAAACUGUAAAGAGCUCUAACUCCAUAAAAUCGGCUUCCUUUUAUGGACAUCCGGCGUCCGAAAUAGCAAGUGAAAUGUCAGGCCCAACUAAACGACGUGAUAAAUCUAUAGAAGAGGCAGAUCAGGAACCUAAACCAAAACAAAUGGUACAAACAACGCUUAAUUUAAGCAGCUCUAGAUCAAGACUGAAGAGUCAAACAAGAUCAUCCAAUAUUAGUAUUAGCUCUCAGGGACCACGCGUUGAUAAUUCAAAUUUUCCUAGACCACCAAACUUUGUUUAUCCUAUAAACAAAGAACCAUUAGAAGGUAGCAAUGUCAAUAACGCAGAUGACAUUGAAGAAAGACCAUCCAACCCAUUCGUAGCAAACGCGGAGUUACUUGAUGGCUUCAAUGGAGAUGGAAUACUAGACUCGUCUAAUCCAGCGUUAGGAGAGGCAAAGUGGGUAAAAGAGGACGAAACAAAUCUAUACCCUGCAAGAAACCUUGCUCGUCCUGUACAAAACAGAAUUUAUGUUCAUCAUCAAGUUAACGAUCCACAGUUUCAAAAUCCACACCCACAAAGUACAAAUUCAGAAAAUUCCACUGCGCCUGAGCAAAUUGGUAAACUGGUCGUUCAUCCAGAAAUGAACUUGGUAGAAAAUGAAAGAUAUAAUCCUACGCAUCAUUCGAAAUCAGUUUUAACAAGUGUGACAGAUCCACGUCAAGCGCCUGCUAUAAAACGGGGAAACAAAGGAGUGCGUCCUGGGGAGAGAGCAACAAAGAAAACGACUAAAGUUAAUGCAAAAACACGUCAGAAACGCCCAGUUUUAAAGGCAAAGAAACCACCACCAACCAUACGGUACAACAUAAAUGUGAAUGGUUUGGAUAUUUACAUGUACAAACAUGACAUUUCAAAACUUUCAAACAUGGAUGCAUUGGUCAAUGUAGUUGCACCAAGUUUAAAAGAAGGCGAUCACAUUGCAAGAACUCUAUUCGCGGAAGCGGGAAAGAAGAUUCAAGAUGAACUAGAUAUUCACUUGCGAUUACACGGGGAAGGAAAUAUGGGUGAAAAUGUUGUAACCUCAGCAGGUAAACUUCCGGCUUUAGGUAUGAUUCACGUGGUUUCCCCAAUUUGGCAGAAGUACACAGUUUGGGAAGAUUGUGCAAGUGACCUGCAUAAAGCGCUCUAUGAUACACUUAAGACUGCAGAGACACACAAAUACAGGAGAAUAGGAAUUCCUACAAUAGGAUCAGAACCGUAUUUUGGAAUACCUAAAGACCUGGUAGCUGAGGUAUAUGUGAAGGCACUAAUAGAUUACAGUAUGGGUAUGGGCCCAAUGUACCCAGUACUAGAGAUACACCUUGUGGAUAAUGAUCCCAACAUGCUCACCUAUAUCAAGGAUGCUUACGAGAGUUGGGCUUCUACCCCCGGCGUGGCCGAUAUGACUCAUCAUAUAAUCAAAGAAAUUGACCCUAUGUUAAAUGAUUUAAAUGAGGUAUCAAAGCGUUCACAGAGCGCUGUGAGCCUGAAGUCCAUGCCGACACAUCGCAGUGAGAACAUGGUCACGUUCACUGGUCAGUCCUACACCAGGGAAGGAGAACAGAUGUGGACUUUCGAUGUACUGAAAAAGCUUGCAGUUCAUGUCUAUACAGGUUCUGUGUUGAAGCUGGACGACAGCGUUGAGGCGAUUGUUUGUGCUGUAGAUAUUAACAUGAAGGGUACAUUGGCCAGGCAAAUCCAAUCUCUAGGUGGAAAGAAAUAUAAAACCUCCCUGAAAACAGCAAGGUCAAACAAGACACUUGUCGAGGGUAAUGUUUUGAUAUGUGAUGCUGGUGAUUUGGGCAUGCGAAAAGUGUUACACAGUGUAAUUGCCACGCCCAUUCAUCAUAUUAAUCAGAAGAACCUCUCCCGAAUGGACAGCAUAAAUACUGAAGUAUUCUACGUAGCCAAUCAGAAUCGAAUAAAGGUUCUUGCAAUGCCACUUAUUGGAACUGGGAGACUGAGAGAAAGAAUUGAAAUUGAGCACUGCAGUCUUCAGUUGAUUGAUAAUAUUAUAGAGUUAUGUCUCAGCCUCGGAAAUGGUAUCAAGUUAAAGGAACUACAUCUGGUAAACACUAACCACGUGAUGACGCAAUAUCUUACACAGGCAUUGAGAACACGUGCUCACACAAAACUCAGAGUGGAAACUGAACCACAUGAACCAUCAAGGCAAGAAGUGUUAACAAGGGCUGAUGCUAUCCGUAGAACUCCAGAUCGAUUAUCAGCAAGAAGCAUAAGAUCACAGGGAAGUAGCAACAAAUCCCUAAACACAAAAGCAAACAAAGGCACACCUGGAAGUCGCAAAGAGCACAUAAACGACACUUCUAACGAUAAAACAAACAAAGAAGUAAACAAAAAUGAAAAGAAUAAAGAAAUAAGUACACCGCCAACAAAACAGACAGGAGAAAACGCCGAUAAAUCGAAAGCAGACAAGAAAAAAGUUCAGCAAAGAAAUUCUUCUAAUACCAGAGAUGAUAAACUAAGGUUAGAAUACAUGAAAAACAGUGAUAAAAAUGUUCCCUAUCUUUCUAGUAAAAAUUUGGAGAAACAUAACCGUCUGAUCCAUGAUGCCUGGACGCAUUUAAUGGAUGAUGACAUGGAGAGCACCGGCUAUAAAAAUUCAAAAAAGCGAAAUAAAAGUGAAAAUCGCGGAGAACCUAAAAGGCAUCAACAGCUUGAGCCAUUGGAUAGGGAGGUUUUGAUUAAAAAGGCACAAGAAUUUCUGAAAGAAAGGAAGGAGGAACAGAAAAAGAAACAGCGAAAGAAGAAAUAUCGAGUUUUUCAGAGGUCAUCUGAUUUCGUUUUUCAAAAAUCAAAAGCUGAUUCUUACAAAGAACUGUUUGAAAGAAAACAAAAGUAUGCUGAACUAACACACAGAGAAGAACAAUUAAGACUGAGAAAAACACAAAGUAGUGAUGAUAUCUGGAAGAAGAAGAUUGCUGAAGAAGUUUUUGAGACAUUUAAAGAAGAAAGGGAGAAACUCUCUAAACAGAAAAGGUUAGCUCAAGAAGAGGCACUUUCACAGAAAGAAAAGAUGGAAAUGGACGCUUUUGUAAAAGAAACAAAGAAGUACUUUACUCGAGACACGAAUGACAGGUAUAAGGUAAAAGCUAACAACGAUGAUACGAGCGAAAAGUUUGAAAGAAUUAAUAGAAUAAAUAUUAAUGAGGCUAACGAUGAUAACGAUACCGGAUGGUAUGAAAGAAAAAGUAAGACGAGUCGGUCUGAAAACUUUAGAGGCGUACGAAAGCAAAGGAACAGACGUGAAAGACAUUUGAUCGACACGGAACGUGAAGACCAGUAUAUGAUGGACAUGGAUUUUCUCGCUAAAGAAUUUGAGGAACGAGUAAAGAAAAAGAAACUUGAACAUAACGAAGAAGCCAGAGACACUGAUGGAGAUGAACUGAAUAGUCAUAGCUAUAGAAAAGGCGAGGAAAGAAAAAGCGUGCGGAGGGACACAUUUCUUGCAAAGAAAUCGUCUGAGAAAAGAAUGCAGGAGGAAAAAGGGCACCGUCAACUAGCAUCUACCCCUAAGGGUUAUUCAAAUCAUCAAAACAAAGGAGUUAGUAAACAACAUCGCGUUCAGGAUAGCAAACAACAGGUAUAUGCUGAUUCUAAUGCCAACCCUGGAAAUGAGAUUAGUUUGGAAAAGGAACUGUCAGCAUAUUCCCUGAAGGAAACGGAUAUUCGGGUUCCAAUAUCGAAUCGAACCGUAAAUAAAGCAUCCAAAGGCGCGACUGUUCAGCAAACUUCAAAAAAUACAGACAAAGCAAAUAAAGAUUUAGACAUGGAAUACGAAAAUAAGCCGCAAAAGCAGAAUGCGGCGAUGGCACUGAAAUCUGCGAAAACGUUCAAAACAUAUACUGUAAAUAAAAAAGCAGGUCCUUUUGAUGACACUUUAAGCUCUAACAACAAACAUGAGGUAGGACGAGCUCAAUACAUACAAAGCUAUAACAAUACACCGAAACAAGAACAUGAAAUUCCAAAAUUAACGAAAACAAUUGAGUGGAAGAAUGGAGUAAAAGUGAAUAAAGAGACACUACAGCUAUUUAGGGAACAACAAAGAGCGAAACGAGCACCACGCUCGGAAGAAGUAACAAUUAGAGACAAACUUAAGCUUCAAAUCAACGUGGUAGAUAAGGAGAAAGGAGAUCCCGCACAGAUAGAAAGGGAAAAAAGAAAGAUCAAACGAUUUUGGGAAGCAGUCGAUGGAAGUGAGUUAAGAGAUGAAAACGAAAUGUUUGGAGAUGAAGACAAUAAAGACAAAAUGUUAGUCGCUAAAGUGACUAAAGAAAGGAAAAUGUCAGCAAAAUCAAAAGUUAGCAAGCAAAGUAAAGGAAGUAUUGUUACACAUAACGUAGGAAAUUUUAAUGUUACUUUAGAGGUUGCAAAUUAACGUACAUGUAUUUUCUUAAUUUGUGUGACGAUCAAAGUUUUCAAUGUAUUUUCAUCAUAAAUACCAACUGUUAAUCAAACGUAGUUCAAUAAACGUAUGCUUGUACAUAUUUCAUCUGUACAAAUACAUUUUAUGUGAAUAAAUAGUUGACAGAUAAUAACACAUAGGUGUGGUGAAUUUUGUUAACAAUACAAUGAAUGAAUUGUUUGAAUGUAAACAUUGAAACCAAAGGAAUACACAAAAGUCGCAACUUUUCUGAUACAACCUUAUUCAUUUCACGAUCUCUUUCCGUUUAAAAGGUCACACAAACUCACAUUUAACCGUCCGUCUGUCCGUCUGCAAAUCUGAAUUCUGCAAUUACUAAAAAGAUUUCAAGCUAGGUUCAUAAAACUUGGUAUGUGAAUAGAGGGCAAUAUGUAGAUUAUGCACGUACAUAACUUAUGCUUAUAGGUCAAGGUCAAUGUCACUAUGGAAGGUCAAGUAAACAUUGUUUCCAGUCCAUAAUUUUUAUAUGUAUUGAUGGAUUAUCUUAGUGCUGCACACAAAUGUUCCCCAUGAUGAGACAAUGUGUCAACACAUGACUUAUGGUUGUCGGUCAUAGGUCAAGGUCACUAUUGAAAGUUUCUGCAUGUAAGGGAGUUCUGUAUUACCACUUCAAUACUCGGUCACUUAUUUCAUUUGUUUGUUUGGGUUUUUUUUGUAUUUUUUUGUUGUUGUUUAAUGUGAAAAAUGACAAGCAUCUUCUGUUGUAAAUGUUGGCUUUUAAAUAGAUUAAAGUUAUACAAAUCAAACAAAAAUAUGUUUUUCUUAGAUAUGACAUAAAACCGACAUCUUUCUGUUUACUAACUAUUUUCUUUUCUUAUAAAUCUUUGGUGUGUUUAUCAAUUCUUAAUAUUUUUGUUUUUUGCGACUUUUCAAAGAUGAUAUUAAAUCAUUAAAUGAAUAAAAUGACAUUGGCGCUUUCGUUGACAUUUUGGUAUAGUUUGAAAUUACCACAUUACUUUUUUUUAUAAAAGUAUUACAGAUUGCAGAAAUAUACACUUGUAGUUAAAUAUGAAGGUUGCAUGAAAGCAUUAAAAUUUUGUCAAGUGUAUGUUUUUGGCUUUCGCUCUUUUUGAUUUUGUAAGCUAAAUACUUUAUUCUACUUUAAACAUUUGGCAAAAAAGCCAUUAAAAUUUUAUAGGGUAUCGCAAAAUCGACAUAGUUAGCUACCGCCUAUGAUUCGAUGCAGAUAAUUCACAAAACGUACUUCAGUUUGUUUUGUCAGUUUUAUGUCGCAACCUGAUUAAUGCCUUACCUUCUCAAGAGUCCCUGAAAAUACCUUGAAAACUAAGUAUUGUAACAUUGGUUAUUUACUGACGUUGUAAAGAAGCCAUAGUGAUUGUUAAUCAGAUAUUUUAAACUUGGUCAUAUGACCAGGAUGCAUGGUUGACAAAUAAGUAUAUUUUUCGAUUAUUGA